AUGAGUUCUUCAGGAGUUAAGCGCAAUGAUGAGCAUGUACCAACUGUGAAUAAGAGAGCUAAACUGGACGAACCCUCAUAUGCGUUUUUAGAGACUAUUGAUGAGAGAAAAUUGGAUUUUGACCUCGAAAAAAGAUGUAGCGUUACGCUUUCACCUUUAAACUGUUACUGUUGCCUGGUAUGUGGUAAAUAUCUUCGAGGUCGCAGUGAAAACACUCCGGCGUUCUUGCAUUCUGUGAAUGAAGACCACCAUGUAUUUGUCAAUUUCAAUUCAUUGAAGGUGUAUCUUCUACCUGAUAAUGUGGAGGUAGAGGAUAAGGGUAGAAUUCAAAUUUUGGCCAGAAUACGAAAUGCUAUCAGGCCUUCUUUUAGUAGGGAAGAGAUUGAUAAUUCACCACAUGAAUGCUUUGAUUUAAACAAUCAACAAUACACUAAUGGAUUCGUUGGAUUCAACAACAAUGCUUCAGGUAACGAUUCAAUCAAUGUUAUUUUAUCACUACUGUCCCACAUUAUUCCGCUUAGAGAUCAUUUCUUAUUGCAAGAUUACCUGGAAGAAGAUGAAAUUGUCCAGAGAUUGGGGAUAAUAAUUCGUAAGUUAUGGUCACCGAAAUUGUUCAAGCCCUAUGUUUCUUCAGAAGAAUUUUUAGCUUAUAUCUCUGUGGUGGAUCCUAAUAUUUCCAGUAAGGUAAAUGAUCCAAGACAAAUAUUCAUUUGGUUGGUUAAUAACUUGAUAAAGAAGUCUUCCGAAUUAAGUAGGAUACUUAGUGAUAGUUUCCAAGGCAAUGUACAAGUGGUGACGAUACCUAUAAAACCGGUGUUAGAUGCUAAGGGAGAUGUAGUGAAAUUUCAAAGAGAAACCGCCCAUGAAAAGCAUUCGACGGUUCCCUUUUGGUCAUUGACUUUAGACCUUCCUCCUACCCCUCUAUUUAAAGAUAAUCGCAAUGCCAACGAUUUACCACAAGUGAGAAUUGAGGAGCUUUUGAAGAAGUUUGAUGGUAAGCAGGAACAACAGUUUGCUCAAGGUUUGAGGAAAUACAAAUUGAUUAGAUUACCACGGUAUCUCAUCCUACAUUUUAAUCGAUUUGAUAAAAAGAAUCCGCUUACCGUUAAAGGUAGAAAUCAAACCUUGGUUGAAUUUUCUCAAAAAAUAGAGUUUCAAAACUCUAGAUAUACUUUAGUCGCUAAUGUAGUACAUGAUACAAUUGGGACUACCGCAUUUGACAAUGACGAUAAAAGUGUCUGGAGAAUUCAAUUACUCAAUCCGACAAAUGACCAGUGGGUUGAACUAGAUGGGACUCUAAAUCGAUUGAAAGAACGAGAAUUAUUAUUCCUCCAAGAGACGUACAUGCAAGUAUGGCGCAGGGAAGAUUCUAUCGAAUAG